CUUCCAACCAAGUCCGGGACCUACAAUAAUUGGUGUUGAUGGCCUGUGUCAUUUGGUUGCGUUCGUGUCCACCCCGGGAUAUUCGUGAUCAUGACCAAGAUUUCCGGUGGGAUAUUCAUGUAUAUAUGUUUGUUUAUAUAGCACCUGCUCUGAAUGCUGAAUCAUGUUGAAGCAGCCAGCAAUCCCUGUUCCUGAGGUUGCAUUCUCGGACUUUUCAUUCACUCUUUUAUCUCUCUCUCCCGCUUUUGUUUCUUCAUCGAGAAACUCCAAUCUCGACCUCACAUCUCACGCAUCUCCCCCCUCCGACCUCAAGAGCAGAUCUGAGCCGCGCUGCCAAAGAUCACAAAUCUCAUAAUGCGUCUCUCCCUCCUCGCCACCACGGCCUCAGCCGCCGCCGCCCUCAUCGCAGGAACCACCCCCCACAGCACGCCCAACACCCGCAGCAUCGCCGCAAACACAACCCUCCCCGUAACUUUUGGCGCAGUCCUCUUCCAGGCAAUGGAGAUGCUAGACCUCAUCGGCCCCAUCGACGCCCUCCAGCUCGUAGCCUACAACCGACACGUGAACCUCCACCUCAUCGCCGCCACCCUCGACCCCGUCACCACGGCGCCCGUGUCCCCCAGCUCCAACACCUACAACUCGUCCUGGUGGCCGACGUUCCAGCCCACCAACACCUUUGACGACGACCUGGACCUCGACGUGCUCAUCCUGCCCGGCGGACCGGGCGUGCGGGCCCCCGGGCUGGAGCCGAUUGUCGAGUACGUGAGGAAGCACGCGCCCAGGGUCAAGUGUCUCGUUACGAUUUGCACGGGGGCCAGUCUCGCUGCUAGGGCGGGCGCGCUGGACGGCAGGAGGGUCACGACGAAUAAAGCGGCUUGGGGGUUGAUCACUGCGCAGGCGCCGCUGGCGAAGUGGGUUUCGCCGGCGAGGUAUGUUGUUGAUGGGAACGUCUGGACUUCUUCGGGUGUUACAUCUGGUCUGGACUUGAUUAUGGAGUUCAUCAAGCAGGUGUAUGGCGAGGAGUUGUCAACCAAGGUUGCCACAAUCAUGGAGUUUGUCCCCCAUGCUGCUGACUGGGAUCCCUUUGCGGAAAUCAACGGCGUCGAGCCGACGAACAAUUGACAGUCUUGGGCAGAGACCAUUAGAGAGGAAGAUAGGAGACAGCAGCUUGGAGCGCGGUUCCAUUUUCAGCUUCGGCAUGACAGAGGGC